AUGGCCUCUAUCAAACUGCACAACUCGCUGCACCCCGGUGCACCUGUUCCCUUUGUCCCAAAGGAAGACGGCAAGGUCAGCUGGUACGUCUGCGGCCCGACAGUUUACGACAAAAGCCACUUGGGCCACGCGCGCAACUAUGUUACCUCGGACGUGAUUCGCCGCAUUUUGAUGCACUAUUUCAAGUUAGAUGUCAAGUAUGUCAUGAACAUAACGGAUAUCGACGACAAGAUCAUCAUCAAAGCCAGACGACAGCGACUCCUCGAUGUCGAAAAGAAGAAGCAUUACUCUGCCGACGAACUAAAACAACUGGGGUUGAGAGCCUUUGUUGCAUACGCCGAGAAGAAUCUGCCGCUUUUGCUCGAGACUGAGGCGAAACUCAACGAGUCCAACUACCCCGCCACCAGAGACAAGACCUACGCCAAGGUCCUCGCUGGAGGAACGCUGACUGGUGAGGGCAAGCCCAGCGAUGCUGAGGCCAAGGUCAAGAUGCAUUUAAGCAACAUGAAUGUUGCUUCCGAAGCGAUUAAGUCGGGCCAGGUCCAUCCCGGCUGCGACGAGAUUCUGCUACCCUACCUCGACUCUCUGUACAAGGAGACGGUCGAUACUAGCGAUCAGACCAUGUUCACCGACCUCACCAAAGCCAUGGAAGAUCUAUUUAUGCAGGACUUGGAUUCUCUCAAUGUAUUGCCUCCCGACGUCAUCACUCGCGUCACCGAAUAUGUUCCUCAGAUUGCCGACUUUGUCCAGCGCAUUGUCGAAAAAGGCUUUGCGUACGAAGCCGAUGGCUCCGUCUACUUUGAUAUUACUGCCUUUGAAAAGGCUGGCAACACGUACGCCAGACUGAGACCCGACAGCAAAAACGACAAGGCCCUGCAAGAAGAAGGCGAGGGUGCUCUGUCCACCAACGUCGGCGGCAAGCGUUCGCCCGGCGACUUUGCGCUGUGGAAGAAGUCCAAGCCCGGUGAGCCGUUCUGGCCCAGCCCCUGGGGCGAGGGUCGUCCUGGCUGGCACAUUGAGUGCUCCGUCAUGGCCUCUGAUAUUCUUGGCUCCCAGAUGGAUAUUCACUCGGGUGGUGUUGACCUUGCAUUCCCUCACCACGACAAUGAGCUGGCUCAGAGUGAAGCCUACUUCUAUGAGCCUGGCAAGGGUGAGCAUACUUGGGUCCGCAACUUCCUGCAUACGGGCCAUUUACACAUUGCUGGCUCCAAGAUGUCCAAGUCCCUCAAAAACUUUCAGACUAUUCAGGAUGCCCUUGCCACCACGUUCAACGCUCGCCGCAUGCGCGUUGUUUUUUUGAUGGGCAAGUGGAACGACGGCGUUGAAAUCUCACCCGACAUGAUUACCCAGGCUGAUAGCUGGGAGUCCACCAUCAGUAACUUUUUCACCAACACGAAAUCCUGGCUCGCUGAGGCUGGUGGCAGCGCCGGUAUCCAGAACCUGUCUCUGUCUGGCAAGUCUGGCUCUCCUCUCAUCUCCGAGCUGGAGCAGGCCAAGUCCGAGGUUAACGCCGCUCUCUCCAACUCUUUUGAUACCCCUCGCGCCAUGCUUGUAAUGCUCAAGCUUGUCAACACCACAAACGCCUAUCUCAAGGAUAACAAGGACGUCAAUCUAGCCGAAGUUGAGGCUAUUGCUCGAUGGCUCACCAACCUGGUUGGGAUUUUCGGCCUCGACGCUAACGCCAAGCCUCCCUACAACAGCCUUGGAUGGGCGUCCGUCAUUGCCGACAACGUCGACCCGAAGACUGCUGUUGAGUCUUACAAGUCCAUGAUGGACAAGGUCAAGGCCGAUGUCAAGGCACUGUCCUUGGACAGCGAGACCAUUGCUUCAUUAUUUGCCAAAGAUCCUGCCAGUGACUUCCAUGCCAUUGCUCAAAGCGGCUCCAAGGACAUUGAGCAGCUGUCUCUACCAUACCUCCGCGUGGCUGCUCAGCUCCGUGACGAGCUCCGCCGUGUGGUGUCUGCGCAAACCCCUGAUAUCAAGAAGGCUAUUCUCAGCCUGACCGACCGUAUCCGUGACCACGAUUUUACGAACCUGGGCGUCUACCUGGACGACCGUCCGGACAACCAACCCUCGCUCAUCAAGUUUAUCCCCGCCGCCGAGCUCAUUGCCGCGCGCGAGGAAAAGGCGGCCGCGGCCGCCGACAAGGCGAAGAAGAAGGAAGAGGCUCGCAUCGCGCGCGAAAAGGCCGAGCAGGAGGCGCGCGAAAAGGCCAAGAUGCCCCCGCAGGACAUGUUCAAGACGGACGAGCGCUACAGCCUGUGGGACGAGCAGGGCCUGCCGAGCAAGAUGAAGGACGGCAGCGAUGUGCCCAAGAGCCAGCAGAAGCAGAACAAGAAGAAUUGGGAUAGACAGAAGAAGGCGCAUGACGACCUGAAGGCCAAGGGCGGUCUAUAA